AAGUCUUCCAGCAACGUGACAGUGAUUUUAACCUUACCCCUAAAAUCUGACUCAAAUCAUUUUAUUCAAAUAAGCUGAAAUAUUGAGCAAUCCCAUAUCGUUGAUAUACGUAUUUGUACGUACGUAGAAGGUGAAUUACAAGAAGAUAAUUCAUUUCAAGUUUACAAAAAAUAAAAGUAUCAAUGGUGCCGUAAUAGAACUUUUACAGAAAUCAAUGUUUAAAAUUUCAUUGUGAACAAUAAGAUAUCAUCAUCAUCGCAUCUAAAUGUUUUAUCAGUAUUGAUAGUUAAUUGAUUAACUCAUCAAAAUAUAUAUAUAUAUAUUGUAUGUAGUUAAAGAUUCAUAAGGUAGUUACGUGACAAUUUGUAUAAUGUCCGAAGAUUACAAUUAUGCUUGUGAGAGAGCAGAAUUACUCGGUUUGCCUGUUCCCAGUUUCGAGGAAUGGACUGAAAGUCAAAAAGCACAGGAGGCUGAUCGUGCCGAUCACGAUGAUGACGAUGCGAUCCUUCAGAAUUUAGACAAAUCGGACGAGACAGUGCAACGAGUUAGCGGUGGAUUAGACGAAUUAAAUAGCAUCCUUAGUACAACUCAAAAAAAGAUUAAUAGAUUUAAGACUGUUUGCGGCAGUCUGGGUACAUUACUCAAAGUGAAGGUAGGAUCACGUGGUGGCACACCGAAUCACAAAUCAAUGGAACGUAAUAGAGCAAAAGAAGGGCAAGUAAUGAUAACUGCAGAAGAAGAAAGCAUGACGGUCGAUUUAUCGGAGAACUCGAAAAAUCCAAUAAUCUCCGAAGAAAGUAGCGAGAUCAUUACGAUACCGUCAAAGAAGAUUGACAUUAAUGAAAAAAUGGGAUCGCAUUUGGGCAAAUUAGAUUCUCUGAUCACGAAAGCCGAAAAUGCUCAAUACAGUAUGCAACAUCAGACGAAGCAAAUGAAAAAAUUUUUAAAAUAAUUUUUAAAACAAUUUAAAGUUAUCGCCGAAAUAUUUAUCUACUUUCCUUUUUAUUAAAUGUUAACGCAAUUUGUAAUUAAUAUUUAUAGCAUUCGAUAAUCGGUUAUUAUUCGAUCACGUUAGAGUUUGGUAUAUAUGUAUCUAUAUCGUUAUUAUCCAUCGAAAUAUUUAAAACGAAGGCGUUAAAUUCGACAAUUUGAAAGUUUAAUUGCAAUAAAGCAAUUUCCGAGAAUCGCAAAUAUUUUUAUGGAUCUAUAUGUUAAUUGUAAGAUGUAAUUGAUUUUAUAUAAGUACGGAUUUAUUAAUUAACGACGGUGAUGAUCCUCGUAGUUAUUUAUUAUACCGUAAGGCGUAAACAUCGUAACAUUUGUUGCCAAAUACGUUACACUCAACAAAGUUAAUCGCAUUAAGUUUUGUAGAUGAUAAACUUUCGCUGAUACAUUUUGAUACUGCCUAGAAAAACCAAUAUAGAAAUUAGAGUUAUUAAAGUCAAGAAAGAGGAUAAUUUAAAAACCCCAUUAAAUAUACGUUUAUAAUUAAUGAGCAAUAAAUAAUUCUCAUUAUGCGUUCAAGAAUUAAUUACAGAAUUAGAUGCUUCUGAUUCGUGCGUACAUCGAUAAAGUUCUUAAAAUAAUCACUCAUUACAAUUCUAUCCAUAUAUGUGAAUCUAUAUGUAUUGAUAAAACGAUAUUUAUAAUAGUAUAAUCUAUAUAAAAACUUUUUCGCGCGCGUAAAACACUAAUAGGGGUAUAUACCUACAAUAAUUAUACAUUGAAAGGCAAAGAAAUGUAUGGAAAUGUUGAUUAUAUCAUACUUAUUAAGAAAACGAAGCUUUUUUGUGCAUAUAUAGCAAUUCUUUUCUAUUAGAUACGAGAGACAUAUCUCAUUGCGACGAAAAAAAAAUUAAUCUUCCUAUUAAUUUCAUACGUUAUAAAACACGUGAAAAAUGAAAUAGAGAAUUCUUUAUACUGCUUAAGAUGUUUAAAUGAGUAAUUCAAAAAGGCAAUGGUCAAAAAAAUAUCUUCGUAUUUCAUAAUCUAUAUAUCCACAUUUUUGCAAGAUAACUCGCUUAAUAUACGCAUAAACGUACAUGAUUUACCUAUUUAUUGCUAUUAUAAGAAAACAAAAUGAAACACAUCGUGAUGAAUUUGUUGAUGUGCGACGCUGUCAUGGAUUUUAACGAGACUAUUUUUAAUUACUUUGUUGUGAUAUGUAUAUAACGAGAAAAAUAAUAAAAAUGGGCAAUUGGACCUCAA